AUGUCCUUCUCCGGCAUGGAUGCGAUGCGGCCGUCCACUACUAGAGACAGGAUUGUCCUGUUAGGCGCCCGCGGCGUGGGCAAGAACUCCCUUCGGCACCAGUACGCGAAUGGCGUGUUCGGUCAUAUCAAGAAAGAAUUUCGACGUGUACCGUCCCGCAAGGUUGUGACGGCGGGAGGCCGAACGGUUACGGUGGAGGUGGAAUCGAUCCGUUAUUUAAACGAAAAUGGCCGACAUGCGAUCCUCGACAACCUGAAGGACACCGACACAUUUUUGAUUGUAUACAGCGUCACCUCCAGAGCUUCGUUUGAGGCUGCCGUGGAAUGUUAUGGCUGGAUCCACUGGCUCUACUGGAGCAGUCGCCCCGGUAGCUCGGGUCAGUCCCAGGUGCCAGUCAUCCUUGUUGGGAACAAGAAUGACCUGGAGGGCUGGCGAGAGGUGUCAAUAGGUGACGGAAGGAAAAUGGCACGCGAGCUUGGAAUCAGGUUCCUUGAGCUAACGGCAAGGGACCAGUCUGGCGUCAAAAAGCUAUUCCAUCAGGCCAUCCAAACAUCCCGGCAACGAAAAGACGCUUUCUCCGAGCACCAAACAACAGAUGUCCCGCCAGUUACAGCUGCCUCAUCAGUAACACCUCCGACAAGCCAUAAGAAGGCAUCACUUCGAAGUUCGCGAUCGCGCCUUAGCAGGCUCACGAAUUGGCGCAGAUCCAUGAGCUCUUCUAGACUGGAGUACGUCCCCGGGUGGGAUCAUAAGACCGACUAUGGUAAGAAUGAGUUGCAGGAGGGUCUGGUGGCAGCAACCAAGGCGAAUGAUCCUCAAAUGUUCAGAUCAUAUGCUCAGGCAGGCGCGCAGUUGGAUGGCCGUGCUAUGGGCGAGAAAGGAAGCGUGGUGCAUAUUGCCGCCGCCGCUGGUCAUCUUCAAGUCCUGGACGUCAUCAUCGAACGGGAAGCGGGAAUCAACCUCCCCGACCUUGAUGGAAUCCCUCCGUUGCAGCUGGCUGCCGUGAAUGGGCACUAUCAAUGCGUGAAUUUGCUUUUACAAAAUGGCGGCGACAUCGAUCAGACGAGUUCGCGGUAUGGAACAGCUCUGAGCGCUGCGGCAUCACGAGGCCACGUCGAUAUUGUGCGUCUCUUGCUGUAUAUGGGAGCAGAAGUUGAGGUUGAAGCAUCUCCAUUCGGUAACAUGAUGCAGCGAUUGUCCCGUACUUUCGAUGCCAGCAUCGUUCAAUUCUUGCACGAGCCGGAUGAUGAUACCACUACAAGCUCAAGCCUUGACGAGAGGCCGUCUCAAGAAGCAUUAUCCCAAGAUGUCUCCGGUGUCACGACUCCUAACGGGUCAUUGGAUAUGCAACUUACCAAGAUUGAAGAGGUCGAGGAUAUGCUAGAGGGGGAUUCAAUCUAUCAUGACUUUGGCCCGGAAAGAGAUGCGGCAAUUCCAUACUCCCAGGAAUCGGAAUCGUUCGAAAUUGAUUUCACAAAACACGAUUGGGUCGUUAGCAAAGUAUCUGAUUGUACCAAUGACUUGCACACGGCAAGCAGCGCGCCCAUUCUUAUCCGUUGA